CUUUGUUUUGGCGAUCAAUGAAUGGAUGCAUAAACUGUUCAAUCAAUUCAACACUCAAUUAGACAAACAAUUGAUUGAAUACUUGAUAUAAGGUUACCAUCGAUUCAAACAUGAGUUCAAAUACAUUGGUCUGCAAUUCAAUCACACUUAAGGGAUCCGUUGAUAUCAUCACUGAGUUCUUCGAUUAUGGCAUUAAUAGUAUUUUAUAUCAAAGAGGAUUAUAUCCAUCCGAUCGGUUCAUUCAUUCCCAGAAAUAUGGGUUAACUUUAUUGAUGACAAUCGACGAGAAGCUGAAGGAAUAUCUGGCGAUAGUGUUGUCACAACUGAAGACAUUUAUGUUGACAAAGAGUGUCCACAAAAUAGUAUUAGUGAUCGUCAAUAUGGAGACGACGGAGACUGUGGAGCGCUGGGAGUUCCUCAUCGAUGUCGACAAAAGUAUCGCCGAUUCCGAGGCCAAGAUUGUCGACCACAAGGAGAUCCAGAGCGGCAUUCGGGAUGUGAUUCGUCAGAUCACAGCCAGCGUUACAUUUCUACCGCUAUUGGAGGGAAAGUUUUGCUUUGAUUUGCUUUUGUUCACCGAUAAGGACGCAGACCUCCCGUCCGCCCUUUGGUCCGACUCUAACCCGCAUCUGAUCCCAAACGCCGAAGAAGUGGAACUGAGAAGCUUUUCGACAAAUAUCCAUAAAGUGAAAGCAAUGGUCUCUUAUAAAAAUUGUGAAUAAUUGUGUUUUUAAAACUACUUUUGUGUUUAUAUUUAACGCCUUUUUAAAGUGAAUUUUCAAUCAUUGGAUUACUUUUUAAGAUUUAUACCUCUUGUAAAAAAUCA